CUUCUUCUUCUUUUUUUUUUUUUUCUUCAACUUGUUGGGUAAUCCCUAGUUUUAGAGAUUGAUUCAGUGCCAUUCACCUAGCCUUCGAAGUGAAAGUGGAUUCCAGACUGCGUAACAUUUUUUUUAUAUGUUAUCUUUAACCUCCAGAAGUUAUAGGACACAGAGUGGUUUAACCCAGAGACACGGUUAUACGUUUCGGAGUGCAUCCACCCGGCUCGUAUGCAUCAAUCAUGACUUUCCGCCUCGCCCUGUGCACUGGAUGAUGUCCAAACUUCUUAUCCCUUGGCUGUGCGUCGUGCAUGCCUCUUUCCUUUGCCUGGCCAGCCAACGGCCAAAGCACAGCAUACGUGGUACUCUUUUGUAUGGGCGUGUGUUCGCAGAACCUCAGAUUCCCACUCGACUGGUCAUAUCCCAGAUCAUAUAUCGCAUAUUAACCGUAUGACUUCAUAUGGGCCCUUCUUCCUAAUAACUCGUGUCUUCUCGAUGGUGAAACAAGUGCUAUAACUCCGGAGAUUAAUGAGGAAAAAAGGAGGCUUGCAAGCGAUUGUGCCAGGCAGCUUUUUAUAUUUGAUGUUCUCCUUUCCCGCCCCUGAUUUUGCCUUCAACAGUACCUUGAAUACUACUCUAUUAUUCUUGCCAUUCUCAUGAUCUUCUCUGGGUACGGAGUACUCCGUACCGGUUCGAGGACAGGCAAACAC